GUGAGAGAGAGAGAGAGAAAAGAGAAAUGGCGCCUCAGUACUCCACUCACUGAGACCAGUUUGUAACCCAAGCGGAUAAGACAGGAAUUUAACAGGAGCCGCCGUUUAAAAGGAAUAACCAUGGUGAACACCCGCAAGAGCUCGCAGCACGAGAGCUGCGGUCUCUUCAUCUCGUCCAGGACCAGGUCGUCCGUCAAGAACAACCCCAGCUCAGAGGAACAGCACCAUAAAGACCCAGGCAGCGAUGUCAGCUCCAGCAGUGCCCGGCUGUCGCCCCCAUCAAAGCGGACCCGCCGACACACCACGCCCAGCUCCAGUGACACCUCCCCGAGCCCUCAGGUCAAAGGUCAAAGGGUCACGUGGAACAUCCCUGCACAGCACACGAGAUUAUCGUCUGAGGCCAUGCAAAAUGGACAUGGAAACAUUUCUCGCAUGACCCAGAGGAACGAGGAAGGCGGGGAUGGUGAGCACGCCCGCAUGAACGGACACGUGGAGCUGAAGAGAAGCUGCCGCUCCAGAAAGAGCCGAUUCGAGCACCUCAACCAGAGCAGGCUGUUCGACCAGCUGGUGAACAGUACGGCGGAGGCGGUCCUCCAGGAGAUGGACAACAUCAGCAGCAUUCGGCAGAACCGAGAGGUGGAGCGCCUCCGCAUGUGGACAGACACUGAAUUCGAGAACAUGGACAUGUACUCGCGGGUUAAGAGGAGGCGGAAAUCCCUGCGGAGGAAUUCUUACGGGAUCCAGGCGCACCACAAGGUCAUGAGCGAAGAGGAGGGUGAGGAGGAGGAGGGAACAGAAGAAUCCCAUGAGGAGGAGGAAGAGGAUGACGACGAAGACGUGGAGGACGACGACGAAGACGAUGAAGGGGAUGAGGUGGAAGAGGCAGAGGAAGAGAAUGACAGGCCGUACAACCUGAGGCAGCGCAAGACUGUGCAGCGAUACGAAGCGCCCCCUAUAGAGCCUGUGAAUAGAAAACAGAGCAAGAACACACUGUUUGACACCCACAGAUCUCCUGCGAGAAGAAGCCAUAUAAGGGUUAAGAAACAUGCCAUCCACAGCAGCGACACGACGUCAUCGUCCGACGAGGAGCGCUUCGAACGGAGGAAAAGCAAGAGCAUGAGCCGUGCACGCAACCGGUGUCUGCCCAUGAACCUGCGAGCGGAGGACGUGGCCAGCGGGGUGCUGCGGGACCGAGUCAAAGUGGGCGCCAGUUUGGCAGACGUGGACCCCAUGAACGUGGACACCUCAGUGCGGUUUGACAGCGUUGGAGGCCUCGGUCACCACAUCCAGGCUCUGAAAGAGAUGGUGGUCUUCCCUCUCCUCUAUCCAGAAGUCUUCGAGAAGUUCAAAAUCCAGCCGCCCAGAGGCUGUCUGUUCUAUGGGCCGCCAGGCACAGGGAAGACGCUGGUGGCACGAGCGCUGGCCAACGAGUGCAGCCAUGGCGACCGCAAGGUGUCCUUCUUCAUGAGGAAGGGGGCGGAUUGUCUCAGCAAGUGGGUGGGGGAAUCGGAGCGACAGCUCCGCCUCCUCUUCGACCAGGCAUACCUGAUGAGGCCCUCCAUAAUCUUCUUCGAUGAGAUCGAUGGCUUAGCACCUGUCCGCUCCAGCAGGCAGGAUCAAAUUCACAGCUCCAUAGUGUCCACGCUGCUGGCCCUGAUGGAUGGCCUGGACAGCAGGGGGGAGAUAGUGGUCAUCGGUGCUACAAACAGAAUCGACUCUAUCGACCCCGCACUCAGGAGACCGGGCCGAUUCGACAGGGAGUUUCUUUUCAAUCUGCCUGAUAAAAAGGCUCGAAAGCACAUUUUACACAUUCACACCCGCGAGUGGAACCCCAAACUAGCGGAGCCUUUUGUGGAAGAACUGGCGGAGAAAUGUGUCGGCUACUGCGGGGCCGACAUCAAAGCACUUUGCACAGAGGCGGCGCUGAUGGCCCUGCGUCGGCGCUACCCCCAGAUCUACGGCAGCAGCCAGAAGUUCCAGCUGGACGUGUCCUCCAUCGUGCUGGGCCCGCAGGACUUCCAGCACGCCAUGCGCAGCAUCGUGCCGGCCUCCCAGCGCGCGCUGGCCUCCCCGGGCCACGCCCUGGCGUCCGUGGUGCGGCCGCUGCUGGAGCGCACGCUGGCUGAGGUGCAGGCCUGCCUGCUCAGAGUCUUCCCCCACGCAGAGCUCUCCCACAGGGACAGCAGGGACGAUGCAGACAAUCAGCUUCUGGAGGAUGUGCUGUACAGUGACGAUGAUGACAGUGGUGCUCCAUCGAUUUACGAUGAUGUAAAUUCAGGGUCUCCAAAGAAACCGACAGAUGCAGCUGCACACAAGCCCUUCCUGCAUUUCUCACUGUCUGCCAGCCAGCAGCCCUCCUCAUAUCGACCGCGGCUGCUCCUGGCAGGGGACCAGGGUUCGGGACAGAGCACACACCUGGCGCCCGCGGUCCUGCAUUACCUGGAGAAGUUCUCCGUGCACCGGCUAGACCUGCCCACUCUCUACUCCGUCAGCGCCAAAACCCCGGAGGAGUCCUGUGCUCAGGUUUUCCGUGAGGCGCGGCGGGCGGUGCCCAGCGUGGUGUACCUGCCCCACGUCAGCGAAUGGUGGGAGGCGGUGAGCGACACCACGAAGAGCACCUUUCUCACCAUGCUGCAGGACGUGCCCUCCUUCAGCCCCAUCCUCAUCCUGGCUACCUCCGAGACCCCCUACCAGCAGCUCCCCGAAGAGGUGAAAUGCAUCUUCAGGAGCAAAUAUGAUGAGGUGGUGAAUCUGAAGAGGCCGAAUAAGGAGGACAGAAGGAAGUUCUUCAGAGACUUGAUCCUGGUUCAGGCAGCCAGGCCUCCAGCAUGCAGGAACAGAGCAGCGCGGCGGAUGCUGGAGGUGCUGCUCCCGGCGGAGGACCCCGGGCCGCGCCAGCUGUCCGAGGAGGAGCAGCGCCGCCUGGAGGAGCAGGAGGAGAACACGCUGCGUGAGCUCCGCCUCUUUCUCAGGGACGUCACCAAACGGCUGGCCACAGACAAGCGCUUCAGCAUCUUCAGCAAGCCCGUGGACAUCGAAGAGGUCUCAGAUUACCUAGAGGUCAUCAGGCAGCCCAUGGACUUAUCAACCAUAAUGACCAAAAUCGACACCCAUAAAUAUCUUACUGUGAAGGAUUUUCUCACAGAUAUCGACCUCAUCUGCAGCAACGCACUCGAGUACAAUCCAGACAAGGACCCCGGAGAUAAAAUCAUCCGCCACAGAGCGUGCAGCUUGAAGGACACCGCACACGCCAUGUUCGCCUCGGAGAUGGACGUGGAGUUCAGCCGCAUGUGCGAGGAGAUCAAGGAGGCCAGGAGAAAGAGAGGCUUUCAGACAGCGCCGCAGCAGCCCGCCCCCCCAGGAGCGGCAGCAUCAGCUUCGAAGAGGCCUGGGGGAGAGGAGGCUGCUGGGAGCAGCACCCAAGGGGAGGGGCCAGACAGCUCGCCCAGCAAGUGCAGCAAUCACCUGAAGCGCAAGGCGAGGCGGCGGCCUUCCUGGGGGCGGGGCAUUAUCCGGAAGAAGAAGAGCUACGGGAAGAAAGAGGAGGCGGAGGGGGAGGAUCCGGACGAGGGGGCGGGGCCCGACGACGGUGGGGAGGAGUCCAACGCCGCGGGCCCCAGCGACUCCGCCCUCACCCAGGAUGAGGACUCAUGCGACACCAUGGACCCGCCUCCGGGCCAGAACGGUCCGGAGCACAACGGCCACACCCUGUCCACGGAGGAGGAGAACUCCAACGAGCCGCCCGCGCCCAAGGAGGAGACGACGGCGCCCCCCGACCCCCCGCCGCAGGACUGCAUGAACGGGGACGAGUCCCUCGACAGCCUGGACAGCGAGGCCAACCGGAAGGAGCUAGGGGGAGAGGAGGGGGCCGCCGGCGCGCCGUCUGCGCCUCAGGAAGUCGCCGUCUCCGACGAGGGGGACGGGGAGGAACGGCAGGGAAAGGAGGACCCCCAGCUCACAGCGGGACCGUCCGAGGCAGGCGAGGGGGACCCCGGUAAAGAAGGUGUGUCCAAAAUGAAGAGAUGUAAGAAGGCUCUUCCUGAGCAGCUGAAGGCAGCACCAGCCGAGGACUCCCCCCAGCCGCCCCCCCCUCUCGUGGUGGACUACGAGCGCUUGAAGGGCCUGCUGGAGACGGUGGUGGAGAAGACGGAGAACUACACGGUGGACCAGCUGGAGAGACUCUACUCCCUCCUCAGCCAGUGCAUCUACCAGCAUCGCAGGGACUACGACAAGACCCGCUUGAUGGAGGAAAUGGAGCGGAAAGUUCAACAUUUCGAAACAUUCCUGUGAGGAAUUAGAGGCGGUCAGGUUGAUCCUGAUAACUGACUCUUACAGUACAUAAGGGAGACCAGCCUUUUGAGCCAUUUCUCUACUUCAGAACCAAGCAGGUUUGCAGCCUUGGUCUUAAUGGAAAAAAAAACAGACUUUAUAUGGCGAUUUUGGUGCUAUUGUCUCAGGUACCUGGACCGAACCAGUCUACAGAACCAAACAUAAGACGUAUUUAGGUUUAUUUUAUGUCAUUGAAAUACACAUGCCAAUGCUGUCAGAUGUUCCUGGUGCUAUCAUAUCCAUUUGCUGCUCUUGGUUUCCUUCUGAAAAUCCGGGUGAAAUCAACUCAACUGGUCCCCUACAUCGGGCCACCCCACAUAAAUAAAGUUCACACACGUAAACUGUACACACACACACACACACACACACACACACACACACACACACACACACACACACAUCCCCACAUACCCACACCCACACCAGCAGUGGCAAAGCAGUGUGAGUGAGGUAUCUCUGAGUAGGGGGUCAUGAAUGUUGUCUGCAUUGUUCAAGCAAACUGUGUGACCGAUUUUCCCCACCCUCUUGCGCAGAAAUGGUAGGGCAGUCUUCCGGUACUUGGAGACACUUAAAUUGGAACUGCUUGAAAUGUUCACUCAAGUACUCUGAGCUCCUUUUGCCAAAAUGAAAUUGCUUUGAAAGGUCGCUUUGAAAGAUUGGUUUGGACUUCCUUCUUUUUCUCUUGAAGGUGAGGUCCUCCCUGAUCGUGUAAGUUCUUUUGGUGCUCCCACUUCCAAAAAUAUAAGAAAACAUUAAAAAAUUCUGGAAAUCCCUAAAUGUUUAAAAUACAACCAGAAAAAGGCUGUGUCCGUGACACCAAUGCAAACCAAAUAUAAACUGGCUCCUGACCUCUGACACCUCUGGAAAAACGGUGACAGUUUGCUCUUAGUAAUGACAUAUUGACAUGUACAGUAACUGAAAUGUUUAGUAUCUGCCGUCUGUCUGUAUUCACUGUGUGAUUUUUUUUUUUUUCUUUGACACAAGUUGUGCUCACUAAUUUUCAACACCUAGCUGGGAUAACUGGACGCAGUUGAAUUAGAAAGCCUCGGUUGAUUGCACUGCCUAGCAUGUGCCUUAUAUAACCUUCUACUUAGACAGCACCACUUUUGCUGGUGGCAAUUUGUUGGGCUUUGGUUUCAUGUAUGAAGUUUGCCUCCAUCAGGUGUACAGAAUAGAAUAAGUAAACGAGACUACUUUAUACUUCUAGACUCUGGCCAUUUUAACUGGACUAUAGAAAGGGGUGUAGUCUAGAAUAAUAUUAGCAUCAUUUCAUUAUGCAUGCAGAGUCAUGAUGUUGGCACUUUUCUCGUCUGCUACAGCAUAUCGCAGAAGAACUUUGUGCCAAUCUUCCGCUCUCUGAGUGUGGUGUCCUGCAGUAAGAUUUCGUAAGGAAAUCAACAAAUUUAUAUACGUACACAAAUGUGUUUAGUACAUUCAGUACAUUUGUUGCAUCAUUAUAUAGUUUUGUUUUUCAUUUUCUGUUAUUUCCAUAAUUUUGCGCAAAUUGUUUCAGAACUUGGGAAGAAGAAGGCCAUUCUAGGCAGUGCGAAUUGUUGUCAAAGGUAUAAAGAGCAUUAUUUUGUUUUUGUUCCUUCGUGACUAUUUCUUUUUCUUUUAAUUUUUUUGUUUUCUUUUAUUUUUUGUUUUCAAUGCCUGACUUAGCAGAGUUUCUGAGCUGUUGACAACAAGGCUGCAUUUUAAUGGGUAACUACAUUGUUUACCAAAAGCGAAAUGAAAAAAAAUUUUUUAGAAACUGCGUUUUGGUAGACGGACGUUAGGACAGGCUCGACGUGAAGAGCUCCCGCCAUUUCAGACCUUCACGUGAAAUCUGCACGAUUCUUUCCAUCUGUUUUUACAAACGUGGAUCAGAACAAGUCACAAAGGUACAGGCCAGAGCCUCUACCCUCACACAGAUUCCAGUGAAGCUUCUAAACAUAUGCAAAAAUAGCAUCUGAGGAGAUAGUAUUGGACUACUGCAGAAAGAAAAACACAGCUACCUCAGCUUAACUUAAUUUAACGUAAGGAAAAAAAAAUGACAAGCCGUUUACUGGGUACGAACAGUAUUUGUAAAGUACUGCAAUGUUGUUGCAACGCAAACGCAAAAGCUAAGGUAUUGGAUUAAUUCUUAGACGUGAAGAGUAACCCUGUGGCCACUGCAGUAAUCCAGCGUUUUCUGUUUUUUAAUCUCCUUCCUUUUUGUCUGUUUGCAUUUGAGCCAAGAAGAAGAAGAAGAAUCCAGCUCAUGAAUUUUAGUGAAAAGUUGUUUACUGUAUGCUCUGGUUUUUCAGAUGGACGUCUUACAUUUGCUUGUUCUUUCUGAUCACACUAUACUACAAACUAAAGGCUAUCACAG